AUGAUUCCGAUUGUUUUGAGGACAUGGGCGCUGGACCUGCUGAAGGAACCGGCGUUUCUGAAAAAAUCACCUACUGAAGUUGUCUUUGGUGAAAGAACAUACUCUUUUGCAGCCAUUUACGAUGAGGCUGGUGAAGACUGGCACGAGCCAUUGAAGAAGAACGGCACCUUGGUUUUAAUUGGGCCUACGGGGAGCGGCAAAACAACCACGCUUAGGUUGCUCUUGGAGGAUUUCUGUUCGAACGACAAACCGUCCAUUACUGCUUUUGAAGUGAGUAGGAAUAACGUUGUUCUGGACUUACUCAACAAUAAGGCCCAGAAACGGUACUUGAACACGCUUCCUAUAGAUACACAGUUGCAGUCGAGCCCGCUUACCCAUGAACUUAUCGAGAAGUUGUUUCGUCUGCGGUUGACUGCUUCCACUAAGGCCAAUGCCAUGUCUAGCCGCUCGUGUAUGCUUGUAAAGCUUGCAUGUCAAGGUAAGGAGCUCAAUAUAGUUGAUAUGAUGGGGAAUGAGAGGUUUGAAGCUGGCGGCACCACUUCUAACGCUUUUGCCAAUCUGAACGUUUCGUCUAUUACUCUGGCCAUGCUUAACCGGACCAGCACCAAAAGGUCGUCCAACCUUAUCACCAAUUUGAUCUUUAAUGGUUCUAUACUGACUCUGGAGAUUAGGUUUGUUUUGCACUUGGACCAGAAUGGCGAUAAGGCGCUUAUUAAGUCUUCGUUUAAUAAUAUCGCUGAUGUCGUCAAGGGCUUCAAGUUGGAGGUUGAUAAGACCAAGCCUGGUCAGAAGAAGGGUACCAAGCUUCCUCUGUAUGCUCGUCCUACAGCCUGUUCGUUGAGUCCCAAGAAGAAGCCUAUUAAGAGACCAUUGACUGCUGCUGCGGUUAAUAAACCAGUCAAGCAGCCUAGGCUUUCUCUUUCUACACCUUCGAAACCUCCAAUUCCAAGAUUUGAAACAGCUUCUCGUACUACUGGAUUGACGCAAAAGUUGAAGCACGCCCAACAGGAAGCAGAUAAGCUUAAACGGGAGCAAGAGAUGAAGACUUUGAAGGAUGAGAUUUUGGUACUACAAGGAGAAGUGAAGAAAGCAAGGCUAGCUACAGUCCCUUUGAAGGAACUGAUUGGCUAUUUUAAAGAAGCUUUUGAGGGCGUAGACAACGAAAUGAAGACUCUCCAUUCGAGGAAAGAAGAGGUUGAGCAUGAACUAUUACAGAAGGAAACAGAAAUCUCAAAGUUGAAGAAUUCCUUAAAGGAGGCAGAAACCAAGUUUGAUAUGCUCAAAGGUGAACUGGAGACAGCCAAAGCUGAGUUUACUGCUACUACCGAAGAAAACGAAAAACUCCAAGCAAAGAUCCAGGAACAACUUACCAUUCUCAGUCAAAAAGGUGAUGAUUUGAGCAAACAGCUCGAGGAGAAGGCCAGUCUUAAUGAGUCUCUUACCAAGCAGCUAGAAGAAAAAGAGAGUCUUAAUGAUACCCUUUCCAAGCAGCUAGAAGAAGCUAACGGCAAGUUCUCCAACAAGAACUCAGAGUACGCUAAACUUGAAGAAGAGUUAAACCAUGUCAAGGCUGAACUCACACAACAAAGUCACCAACACGAGAUAAAAAACAAGGAGCUGGACUCUCUUGUUAGUCUGCUUCGUGGAGAUAUCAAACAACUCGAAAAGGACGUGAAGAACGCUGGCCUGGAGAACAGCCUUGUGCUUAAGAAGAAAGAAGAUGAGAUCGCCAAGUUGCAGCAGAAGGUCAAGGAACAGACAGAAAAAGCGUCACUUGAAGCUUCCAAUUACCAACUGCUGAAAGCCCAAAAUGAUGCUCUUGAAGCACAAUUGACUACUGAAGCAACCAAGUACCUGAAUCUCCAACUGCAGUUGAAGAAACAAGAGGAAUUGAGCAAACAGACACACAGUUUCCUCCAGGAGAAGAUCAAGAACAUGACAGAAGAAAACGAGCGUCUCCUGACAGACCUCACAAGGUUCAAGUCUAAAGGAAUCGAGUGGAAGAAGAGAAACGAGGUUUUGGCCAGAGAGAACAAUAUCAUCGAAGCGUCAGAGUACAAGCAAAGAGCCAAGGUCGCUGAACUAGAAGAAACAGUGGAAGAGCUCCAAAAGUACAAGACCAAGUGUGAGUACCUCGACAGCAACCUUCUGGAUCUCAGAACACUGUCCCAAAGCGAGGAGCUGAAGCUUAGACAAGAGCUUAAUGACUACAAGGAGAAGUACAGAAAGCUCUUGAACGAACUGUCCUUCUCCAAGCCGCUUCUCCUGUCUGAUAUCUACGAAGAUACCACAUUUAAAACGUACCUUAAGCACAAGAAGCGGGAACAAGAGCCCAAGAGCAGCCCACUCAAGGAAAGAAACGUUUCUGACCGGAAACACAAGAAGAGGCAUUCCCUCACCGUACCGCUCAAGGUCCAGACAUGA